UUUUAUAUUAAAAACUAAGAACAAAAAGAAAAAACAUGUCAUCGGAAAACGUUAAAUACUUUACCCGCGCCGAAGUUGCCAAAAAUAACACCAAAGACAAGAAUUGGUUCAUUAUUCACAACAACGUGUAUGACGUGACCGCUUUUCUCAAUGAGCAUCCCGGUGGCGAAGAAGUCUUGAUCGAACAGGCCGGCAAAGACGCCACAGAACAUUUCGAAGAUGUUGGCCACAGUUCCGAUGCCCGUGAAAUGAUGAAACAAUACAAAAUCGGUGAAUUGGUUGCCGAGGAACGUUCAAAUGUACCCGAAAAAUCCGAACCCACAUGGAACAGCGAACAAAAGACCGAAGAAUCAUCAAUGAAAUCCUGGUUGUUGCCAUUCGUUUUAGGCUUGAUCGCUACAUUAAUUUACAAAUUCUUCUUUGGUGCUAAAUCCCAAUAAUUGUAAAC